AUGGGCAUGGCUGCCAUUAGCACCUCAGAGCAGGUCCAAAGGGACAACUUACCUUUUGACAUCGAUACGUCAGCCGCAGUGAUCAGCAACGAUCCCGCCAAGAUCUAUGAAGAGUACCGAUAUCUUCGAAAAGAAUGUCCCCUCAUUCACACCAGCCAGUAUGGGGGAUAUUGGCUUCUUACGCGGUAUGAUGACGUUAAACGAGCAGCUAUGGAUUCCGAAACCUACAUAUCGAGUGUCAGGGCAGUUGUACCAAGCGACCCUAGAGGCAUCCGAAGACCGCCUUUGAACUUUGACGCACCAGCUCAUACCCCCUUCCGAACUGCGCUUGAACGCACAGUGAAGCCAGCUCGACUGAGACGACUACGGGAGCCAUUGCAGAAGCAUGCGGAAGCGGAGCUCGCGCCUCUAAUAGCCCGGGGCCGUGGAGACAUCAGUGCCGAGUUUGCAGCGAACUUUGUUGCCCGCAUGGAAUCCGAAUGGUUAAAUCUCGAGCCCGAUGUUGCUCCAAAACUGGCUGUCACUGCCGCAAGUUGGCUCAAUGCUUGGAGGAUGCAGGACGGUGAGACGGUCACGACAAAUUCACAGAAAAUGUAUCAAAUCGCACAAGAACUCCUUGCCGACCGACGGAUACAUCCAAGGGACCCAGAAGAAGACCCAGCGUCUUCACUACUCCUAGAGCGAGAUGCUGAGGGUCAUCCUUUGAAGGAGGAACAUCUCAUCGGGUGCCUCCGACAAUCUUUGGUGGUGGGUGUUGUCGCGCCCCCCAUUCUCAUCGGCUCAAUAUGCAACCACCUUUCCAAAGACAAAGAAUUGCAGAACAGACUUAGAGAGGAUGAGUCCCUCAUACCAGCUGCAAUUGAGGAGUUCUUGCGACUCUACAGUCCAUAUCGAGGCUUUGCGAGGACGACUUCAAAGGAAGUCUGUCUUCAUGGCAAGACGAUACAUCCGAAAGAGCCAAUCACCCUGUGCUAUACAGCAGCCAAUCGUGACCCAGAGGUCUUUGAGAAUCCCGACGAUUUCAUUCUUCACAGAGAGAACAUUGCAUCGCACAUGGGAUUCGGAAGGGGAAGACAUAGAUGUGCAGGCAUGCCACUUGCAAGAUUGGCUCUUGACAUUGUUCUCCGCGUGAUCCUGCGAAGCACGAUGGACUUUGAGGUAGACGGACACAAGCAGGGAGCCCAGCCACAACUCACUCCGAGCGGAGUUGCAAGCAGUGCCUCAUCUUCAGUUCACCCUUUUCAGCCCCCUGCCGGAAACGUCGCGAUACACAAUGUGGCGCCUCAGGUUUCUCAGGCAAUGCAUGCCAGCGUAGUGUCUGCCUCAGACCAUGAGGGCAACAACCACGAUGUCGCUUCUUCGUCUCUUCUUUGGCCUGACUCUGAAGAACUCUUCCAAAGUCUGAUGUCAGCGGAUGGGAUGACGUGGGACCAGUCUAUGCCUGGAUUGAUCCCAUCGGCCUAUCAGCCCCAGGAUGUGCAGUCUGCUGGACUCAGUAGUACUGCCGAUGGCGAUGAGCUUGCCCUCGCAGAGGAUGGGCAACGUGCGGUACAGACUAUCAAUGGAAUCCUCACGAACACGAAUCGGACGUUGAGAAUGACUAGCCAGACUUUCUACGGACUCAGCAUGCAUUGGGCGCAGUACUGUGGGAUGUACGACCUAGUGCCUUACCGACAGACCUUGCCACAGACUCACGACUCCAUCGAGACGAAAAUGCACGCUUGGAGAUCAUGGGCGGCGAGGGAGACGCAAUUGAGAACGCUACUAGGCCUGUGCAUCAUUGACGGCGUGGUCUCGCAGUUCAGUGGAAACCUUGUCAACACCUGGUCAGCCACAAACUCGCUGCCACUAUCUGCCGAUGAAGACGCUUUUGCUGCUGAGACAGUAGACGAGUGGAUCGAGGUAAUGGUAUCUCGCGGAUACAACACGGGGAGUGGGCCAGAUCGGUUCUCAGACCUCUAUCACUCGCUCGUUCCUGACGGAACACACAUGGGCCCAGUCUACUGCUUGCCAGGGCUCCUCAACAUCAGGAUUCUCCUUGAAAUCUUGGCAUCGCUUACAAAUGACUUCGAAAGAUUGAACAAGGGUUCGCAGGCACAGGUUGCUCAGAAGCUUGGAGCCGUGAAAGCAUUGGUAACUCUGCGGAGCCAUCUUGCUCAAAGCACGACCUUGUCGGCAGCAGACAAGACUAUUGGGCUACUGCGAUGGCAUGCCGUCUGCCUCGACCUAGUUCACAUCUUUGGGGGAAAGAAGCGCGAAGAGCCAAGCAGGAUAGACCCAAAUGCCUGGACGCAGGGUCUUAGGGCGAGAAAAUGUUUGCUUCAUGCCAUGGAGAUCCACAAGAUUGCAUCCGAGAUACCUCUCGGAAUCAUUCACGACACAUGUCUACCUGGGGCGUUGUUUGCGGCAGCCACGACUUUCAGCUCAUUCGCCCUUCCCGGGCUGUCGAAGGUCCUAGUCCCUCCCUCCGUGGACUGGAGUAUGGUGAUCCUACAAGGCCUAGACGACACAGGACAAGGCACGACGUCUUCGACGGCUGAUGUAUCGAAAGACACGCUGGCGUUUCUCACGAAUAAUGUGAAUCCCCAAUCCCCAGGAUGGAUCGCUCAGAAUUUGGUGUAUGAGCUGAGCGCAAUUCGGAUACUGCUGCAUAGUCUUUCCCAACACUGGGGCGUCACGCGAGAGAUGGAGGAGGUGGUUGGAGCAUGGGAAGCCCGGUGUAGUUGA